CGAGGCCAAAAGCACACGCGGCGCUAUAAAACUGUCCUCCUCCCUCAGUUCUUGAACAGUCUCUUCACCAUCCCAUUCAUCCAUCUACAGUUCUUAGCCAAAAUGACUCUCUACUACUCUCUUGUCUUUGUUCUUCUCAUCACCGAGAUGAUCGCGUUCUUCGUGCUCGUCACGCCGCUGCCGUUCAACCUCCGUCGCCGCAUGUUUGCCUUCAUCUCCCAGUCAAACAUAAUCGAAAAGACCUCUUACACUCUCAAGAUCGUCUUUGCUUUCAUUCUCAUCCUCUUCAUCGACUCCGUCAACAGAGUCUACCGCGUCCAGACCGAUGUCUCCGGCAGCUCUGACGUCUCCAAAUUGCUCUCCCAGGGCUCCGAUAGAUCUGAGAUCCAGGCUCGCAAGUUUUACUCUCAGCGCAACAUGUAUCUCUGUGGCUUCACUCUCUUCCUUUCGCUCAUCCUCAACCGUACCUACGUCCUCGUCGUCGAUCUCCUCUCCGCGCAAGACAAAAUCGCCCUUCUCACCCGCGACUCCCACGAGGGCACCACCGCCGUCGCCGAAGUGUCUGCCAAGGAUGCGGAAAUCGCCGAGCUCAAGAAGCAGCUCGGAUCAAAGACCACCGAUCUCGAGACCUUGAAGAAGCAGGCCGAGGGUCUGAAUAAGGAGUAUCAGUCGCUGGGCGAUAAGGUCAACGCCAGUGCUGCUGCGCCGGGAACUAAGAAGGAUAACUAAAAUUUUAAAUAAAUAUACCUGAAACAUAAUUGGUUUCACAUCAUUUUAAGUCGAGAGGGCAAUUGCUUAAAUCAGGAUUCAUUGUAUUAGAUUUUUAU